GUUUCGUAGAGGCAAGAUGUUUUAAAAACUCUAGACGUAUAAAACGUUCAAUUUUCACUGUGAAUGGGAUAGUUCGGUUCCGUGACAGGGCUGUGAGUGAUUCAAAAUGCCUCGCGGGCAGCUCCUUCUGAGAGCGACGCCCUGCCUUCUCUUGGUGCUCCUUGGAGGAGGUCUCUUCAUCAAUGUUUCAGCAGAACCAGAUGAGAUCAUGGAGAACUCUAUCCUACGAAAGAGAGCGCCACUUGCCGAGUUAGAAGAUGCCGAGAAUAGUCCCUUUCAGGAACUGUCUCGGAGAGGAACGGUGACAAUUAACGGAAGAGUGUAUAAGGAAGUGCACGGCAGUAGACUAAGGAAGAAAGGGCAUCACGGUGGCGGCCACAAAAAGAGACCACAUCAUCAUCCUCCUCAUCAUCCUCCUCAUCCUAAACCUCCCUCUCCUAAACCUCCUUCUCCUCCUCCCGCGUAGAGAGAUACGAUUAAAUACAUUAGGACUAAGGCAUUUUCUCGGUCAAAAUUCAGGGAAUGCAGAAUUGUUACGUAGAGGGCACGAAAAUCACGCGCAUUCCUAUUUCGCCUUCAAUUUUUGAAAUAGACAAGAGAACACAUCGCUUGCCGCAAAAUUUACUUCUUCGAGGAUUUAUUUUUGCGUUGUUCAUAAAAUGCCUCACAAUAAAUGAUAUUUAAAUUUCCUUCUUGACCAAUUUGAUGCUAGCUCUGUUACUGUACAUAUGCCUUCUUUUCCUAAUCAUUAUUUACUUUGGUAAUAAGUAAACAAGUAUAAAAAUAAUAAUGCACUUUUUUGAAAUUUUGUGUCCUGAAAAAGAUGAACCGUUUAUUUGCAAAUAAAGCAAAGAGCUAAAAUAA